AUGGCUUUCUACGUCUUCAAAAUCAAACACAUCCCAUUUCCGAAGCCCCUAAGCCUCUUUUAUCUCUUAAUGAUCACCGGUUUGUUCUCAGUACCAAGCCCAUUUACCAGUACUGCUGCUAUAUCCUUCGACAUACCCAGUUUCAUCACUGAUGACUCCCGGAUAAGAUAUGAGGUAUCAGCUGUUAAUUUCCCUGACAAACAAGUCAUCCAACUCACCGGCAACGAGGACGGUUGGUAUGAAGUAGGUCGAGCGACGUCUUUCAGCCCUAUGCGCCUGUGGGACAACGCAUCUGGAAAACUCACAGAUUUCACUACCAAUUUUUUGUUUGUAAUUGAUUCUCAAAAUAGAACUAGUUAUGGAGAUGGUCUUGCGUUCUUCCUAGCACCUAAUGGUUCAACAUGUCCUGAAGGCACACGAGGUGGCCCUAUGGGUCUCACCAAAGAUAAAGAGCUAUUAAACUCGACGGACUACCCUUUUGUCGCGGUGGAGUUUGACAUCUAUUCAAACACAUGGGAUCCGCCUGGCGAACAUGUAGCCUCAACAGGAGGUUUUACUGCAAUGCAUACCAUUCGCACAUGGAAUUUUAGUUCAACUUUGGAAGAUAUUGUAACCAAAACACCAGUAGCAGGUAGUCCAAGCCCGAAUCCGGCCCCUAACCAUAGGAAAAACAACAGGUUAGGAUUAGCGGUGGGUUUGGGUGUUGGUGGAUCUUUUUUGUUUGGUGGGUUUGCUUUAAUUCUAUUUGGCUUGUGGAAGAGGAAAAAAAGUUAUAAAGAAGAAGAUCUUGCCUUUGACAGGUGCAUGGAUGAAGAAUUUCAAAGGGGAACAGGACCAAAGAGGUUCUCAUUUAAAGAAUUGGCUCGUGCCACGAAUAAUUUCAAUGAUGAACAGAAGCUGGGUCAGGGUGGAUUUGGUGGUGUUUAUAGAGGAUUUUUAAGGGACACAAACUCUUUCGUUGCUGUUAAGAGGGUGUCAAAAGGAUCUAAACAGGGGGUAAAAGAGUAUGCAUCAGAAGUUAAAAUCAUUAGUCGAUUGGGACAUAGGAAUUUGGUGCAACUCAUUGGCUGGUGCCAUGAAAGAGGAGAACUCUUACUCAUCUAUGAGUUCAUGCCCAAUGGAAGCUUAGAUUCACAUCUUUUUAAAGAAGAAAGCCUAAUGAUAUGGGCAACGAGGUACAAAGUUGCUCAAGGGUUGGCGUCAGCAUUGCUUUACUUGCACGAGGAGUGGGAACAAUGCGUGGUGCACAGGGAUAUAAAAUCGAGCAACAUUAUGCUCGAUUCAUACUUUAAUGCUAAGCUUGGAGAUUUUGGGCUAGCUAGGCUUGUGGACCAUGUGAAAGGGUCACAAACUACUAUUUUGGCAGGCACCAUGGGCUACAUGGCUCCUGAAUGUGUCACAACCGGGAAUGCUAGUAAGGAGUCAGACAUCUAUAGUUUUGGAAUUGUCGCUCUGGAAAUUGCUUGUGGAAGAAAACCAAUCAAGCACAACGCCCCUGAAGAUCAAGUAGUCAUGGUGGAAUGGGUUUGGGAGCUCUAUGGAAUAAGAAAGGUACUUAAAGCAGCUGACCCAAGGCUGGAUGGAGAUUUUGAUGAGCAGCAAAUGGAGCGCUUGAUGAUUGUUGGGCUUUGGUGCGCUCACCCCGAUCGCAACCUUAGGCCUUCAAUAAGGGAAACGAUUCAUGUUCUCAAUUUUGAGACUCCAUUGCCUAUUCUCCCAUCAAAUAUGCCGGGGCCAACACAUCCUGCUCGACCAGUGAAUAGACAUGCAACGUCAUUCUCUAUUGCCAGUGUUUCAACUAACUAUGAGGAGGGACGAUAG